AUGGUAGAUGGGGAGGAACCAGAACUGCCCGAUAUGGAUUUCUACGUGGGCCGUGACCAGACACAAAAGAGGCUUCGAAGCUUCGGAAUGCUCUUGCAAAAUGCGCAAUCAUAUCACAUCGAUGGGGCGACCACGGACUCAGCUCCCAGCAGUACGAGGAACUAA